AUGCAUGUGCUCCUUAUCGUUCUGCUCGGGUUAUCAUCGGCAAACUCUGCCCGUAUACUGGGCGUUUUCCAAAUGCCUGCCGUUAGCCACCAACGCGUCUUCCGGCCUAUUUGGAGAGAACUUUCACUGAGGGGACAUGAAGUUGUGGUGGUAACUCCGUAUCCACUAAGAGAUCCGAGCUUAGUGAACUUGACAGAAAUAGAAGUGAGUGAGACCCACGAGAUCAUGCAGAGACACGGGUUCCAGUUUUUCAUGAACAAAGAAAACUACGUGCAGUCCAAGGUACCCAAGAUUUUCGCGCUGAACUACGAGCUGUCAGAGGCCAUAUUCAGCAACAAGGAAUUCCUGAGAAUCUAUAACGAUACCAGCGCAAAGUUCGAUCUCAUCAUCGCCCAAACUUACAUCUCUCCCAUUUUGUAUAGCCUAGCAGCUAAGUUUCAAGCUCCUCUUAUCGGGGUAGCUUCAAUGGGAGGCUAUAUAGGAACCCAUUUCGCCAUGGGUAAUCCUCAUCCACCGGCUUUAUACUCGGAAAUGUUCCUACCCUAUCACGGACAGAUGACUAUGUACGAAAGGGUUAAAAGCGCCCUUUAUUACUUGUGGGCGAGGUACUAUUUGACUUUCGAUGCUCUUCCAAAGUGCGAUGAGAUAGCUAGGAGGUAUUUGGGUAAUGAUCUGCCUUAUCUUGGGGACAUCGAAAGGAACAUGAGUCUUCUGUUCUUGACCACGAAUCCCAUUUUGUAUACUCCCAGACCUACCUUGCCUACUAUCAUCAGUUUGGAGCAGAUGCACAUAAAACCUGUUGGAGUACUACCACAAGAUCUCCAAAGUUUUUUGGAUAAUGCCAACGAAGGGGUGAUCUAUUUCAGUUUGGGUUCGAACGUGCAAAGUGUGAACAUACCUGAUCAUGUGAGGAAUACUCUGAUAGAGGCUUUCGCAGAACUACCAUACAAAGUAUUGUGGAAAUUCGAAGCGAAUUCUUUACCAAACCAGCCGAAGAAUGUACACAUUAACAAAUGGCUGCCCCAGCAAGAUAUCCUAGCACAUCCUAAUGUCAAAGUUUUUCUAUCUCAAUGCGGACUACAAUCUAUCGAAGAAGCAGUUUCCAGAGGUGUACCAAUUGUGGGUUUACCUUUCAUUGCCGAUCAAGCUAUGAAUAUCAAGAGAUUGCAAGAAUUUGAGGUAGCCUUGGGCAUUGACUAUGUGACAAUAACUAAGGAAGAGGUGAAGGAGAAGUUGGUUGAGGUUGCAGAGAAUCCAAAGUAUAGAACGAAUAUAAAAAAUCUGGCAUCAUUAUGGGUUGACCAACCAAUGAAGUCCUUGGACAGAGCUAUGUGGUGGAUAGAGUACGUCCUCAGGCACAAAGGGACCAAACAUCUCAGGAGUCCAACUGCAGAUGUGUCGUGGAUUGAAUAUUUUUUCUUAGAUGUCAUUUUCAUUGCGGUUGGUUUAAGACUGUGCAUGGCAUAUGUGGAAGUGAAGUUCUUUAAAUAUGUAUGGAGGUUGAUUUUUUGUAGGAGGAAAGCUAAAAUAAAUUGA